AUGGACUUGGAAGUCCUCCACGUGGCGCGUGCUGCUGCUGCUCGUUCCCGCGGAGCGGGAAACGCGAUAGGUGCGGUAGAUGCGAUAAGCGCGGCAGGUACGGCGCCAAUCGCGGCGACAGACGCGGCGCCAGGCUCCUUCGCAUCCCGUGGCCGCGCCGGUGGCGGCGGUGACGGUGGUGGCGGCUCUCUCCUGGGCGUGACAGGAAGCGGCACAGGCGGCGACAACGACUCUGCGGGUCCAGAGCAGCAAAUGCAGCAGGAUGAGUGGCAACAGCAGCAGCAGCAGCAGCAGCAGCAGCAGCAGCAGCAGCCGAUUUCCACGACAGCCAUCACAGCAUCGAGCUCAGCAGACGAGGCAAGCACUGUCGAGCCCUCCGCCACAACCGCAGAAACCGCUGAAACCGCACCACGGGUGCACGGGGAAUCAUCUGGCGGGGAAUCAUCUGCGGACCAUGCCGCUUCCGACCCGAAUGCGUAUGGCAAUCCCAGCCGCGCAGGUGGUGAAAGCUGGGGUUCGCAGCGGUUCUACAUGGUGACGGGCGAGGGCGACUACUGCGCGGGCGAGUCGCACUGGACGUGGAGCUUCCUGUGCGCCGCAGCGGAGGCAAAGGUGCUCAACCGCACGCUCAUCAUCCCCAUGGCCAGGUGCCUGGAUGCACGACAUACCUUGUCCAAUCUCACGGAGGAGAAACCGAUGGCGCUGUACUAUGCCAUGGACCAGUGGCCGCGCUUCCAGCCCAUAAUGCUGGACCUUGAGUUCGAGCUCACGAUAGGCCCGCUGAACGUGACGAUUCUGAGGGAGAGGCACAACAUGAGCGUGCGGGUGUUUGAGGCGAGGGCGCCCACGAGUCGGUUGGAGAGCGAGGGUGCGCGCAGUGCCACGCUCAUCGUGCGCAGGGCGCUGUUUGCAUACCAGAUGUGUGAUGAACACAGGAGCCAGAGGCGUCUGGUGCGCAACUACAACCUGAUCCAGCGCCCCAUGUACCUGCGGCGGUUGGCAGCGGCCAUUCGGCGCAGCAUGGGUGGGAACUAUGACGCCGUGCAUGUGCGGCGAGGAGACAAGCUGGACCACCGCUACUGGCCGCACCUCGACCGGGAUACCCGCCCUGAUGCCCUCUUAAAGACUCUCCCCAAGUUGAUAAAGCCAGGGCGCCACGUGUACAUAGCGUCGAACGAGCGCACGCCGGGCUUCUUCAGCCCGCUCGCCUCGCUCUACAAGAUCCACGUGCUCUCCGACUACCGCCACCUCUGGGCGCCGGGGAGCCGCUGGUACAAGGAGUGCAGUGCGCUCAUGCAGCGACACCGGGUUAUUCACGGAGAGGCCGGACCGGAGUUUGAUGCUCAGAUGCAGGUGGGUGGAGGGCCGGGGGGUCGAGAGGGUGGUGCUUUCUUGAGUAGAAUAAAAUACCAGACCGGUGUUCGAAGCUCAGAUGCAGCACAACAGCGCGCGCCACCCAGCAGAGCAGGGCGCGCCCCGGCAGAGCAGCGCGCGCCACCCUGCAGAGCAGCGCGCGCCACCCUGCAGAGCAGCGCGCGCCCCAGUAGAGGAGCACGCUACCCAGCAGAGCAGCGCGCGCCCCAGCAGAGCAGCGCGCGCCACCCAUCAGAGCAGCACGCGCCACCCUAG